CCCCCACAGUGUGAAAUGGUUACAUGUGAGAUUCCAGUGGUCGAGAAUGGCAGACUGGUGUCAGGACAUGAAAAAGUGUAUCAUUACCAAGCAAAGGCUGACCUUGAAUGCCUGGAGGGUUUUGACCUUCAAGGUAGCAGUACGAUUACCUGUGGACCUAACAAUGAUUGGGAGCCUCAGAUUCCAACGUGUGUUAAAGGUGACUUUCCAGAAGUAGAAUUUCAAAAUUUAGAAAAUGUCAAUCCUGCUAAUCAGGCCGUGCCUCCUCCAGUGUCCAUCAGCACUCCAGGGAAACCCUCUGCAAAUAGUACACCACCACCUAAAGACAAUAAGGAAUACGGUGGAGGACUCAUUGUUCUGAUGGUUCUUCAGCAAGUCUUGGCGUUGCAGUAGUUGGCACCGGUGUGUACAGGUAUCUUCACAUCAGCCAAAGAGAGUAAAUUAAAUGUAUUUCUAGAACGUAUCGGUGCUUCUCACUCUUUUUUGAAAAAUAUGUUUUUAUUGACUUCACAAAGAGGAAGGGAGAGGAAAAGAGGGAUAGGAACAUCAAU